AUGAGGCUUUCUAUGUUCAAUGAGUUUAGCAAGCUGAAGUUACUUGCUGUUGCAGAAACACAAUUUGCCUCAGUUAUUGUUAUGUUGAAGCGAUUCUUAAUGGUCAAGAGGGCUCUCCAGAGCAUGGUGAUUAGUGAUGCAUGGGAGACCUACAGAGAAGACAAUUCAGGGCUGGCACGACAUGUGAGAGAAAAUUCUGAGCGGUGGUGGGAGAAUGUAGCUUACAUUGUUGAUUUCACUGAUCCCAUUUAUGAAAUGCUACGUGUGGCUGACACGGACAAGCCUUGUCUUCACCUUAUAUAUGAGAUGUGGGACACAAUGAUAGAGAACGUAAAGAAAGUGAUAUAUACCAAAGAAAAGAAGCAAGAUGAUGAGCAGUCCACCUUCUUCUCAAUUGUUUUGGCCAUAUUGGUUGACCGCUGGACAAAAACCAACACUCCACUUCAUUGUCUUGCACAUUCUCUUAAUCCAAGGUACUAUCAUGAGAAGUGGAUCAAUGAGCGUGCUGGACAGCUCAAUCAAGUGAAAGAUGAGUAUUCAAGAUUUGCCACUUGCUCUGAAGAACUCAAUGACUUUGACUCCAUUUAUGAUCGAUGGAUACUUGAUCCAGUAAAAUGGUGGGCAAAUCAUGGACAGCCUAUUCCCAUGUUGCAAAAAUUAGCUCUUAAAUUACUCAACCAGCCAGCCUCGUCUUCCUAUUGUGAAAGGAAUUGGAGCACAUAUAGCUUCAUCCACAGCAUGAAAAGGAACAAGUUAACUCCUGAACGUGCUGAAGAUUUAGUCUUUAUACACAACAAUUUAAGGCUGUUGUCAAGGAAGGCAGAAGAGUACAAGUCAGGACCGGCAAAGAUGUGGGAUGUUGGAGGAGAUGGCUUUGAAUCUCUAUCUGGUAUUGGCAUUCUAGAAGUUGCUGAUCUGUCGCUUGAUGAACCCUUGAUAGAGAGUGUGUCUUUUGAAGAUGGGGGCGAGAGCGUGAGCGAUGAUAUGGAGAACCCUGUUAUGGAAGAAGACUAG